ACAAUCACCUUUUCUUCUCUUUAACCGCAUAAUAACGAAGAAGAAGACAGAGAAAUUUAAUUGCUUCGUCAACUAGACCCCACUUCUGGUCCAAUUCCCGGCGUUCAAUCAUUGUCGCUUUUGAUGUACACCAAAACACACAAUCAAAAUCCAAAUAAUAGAUUGAUUCCCACCCAAACGCAAUUCUUUGAUUUCGAAUUUCUUGGCCAAUAGAUUACGCAAAAGCUGGGACAGCUCGAGCUAUAAACGGUACAAUUUUGUUUAUAUUUUUGUGAUCCUCGCUUUUUUAGAUUUAAAUAAUAUUUUUCCCCAUCUGCCCGGUUGGUAAUCCACGUGCAGUUCAUCUUCUCCGACGAAUAUUCGGUUUAUUUUUGCAGGUUAGGUGGUUGGCGGGUCUGAGUAGAUUUGUGGUCGAAAAUUGAAUCUCCAGUCAUUACUUCAUUUAACCGUACAAUCUUAAGGAUUUUGGAUUUAGCAAUCUCGAUUGGAAAGAACAGAUUUGGUUUUCUUUUUGUUUUCACUUGGAUGGUAGAAGAACAGAUUGCUUGAUCUGUGGGAGAGUGGAAGAGCAUUGGUAUAGGACGAAGAUGAUGAUUAGGAUGCAGAGGUUGCUUGUGGAGGCUCUCACAGAACCUCAAAGGGGAGGGGAGUCUUUUAUGGGUUCAAUCAAGAUUGCAGUCUUACCUAUUGCUAAGGUUUUUACAAUGUGCUUCCUAGGGUUUCUCAUGGCUUCUAAGUAUGUUAACAUCUUGCCUGCAAGUGGAAGAAGACUUCUAAAUGGGCUGGUUUUUUCACUUCUUCUCCCGUGCAUGAUAUUCGCUCAACUUGGACAAGCAAUCACAUUUGAGAAGAUGCUUCAGUGGUGGUUUAUUCCGGUUAACGUGGUCAUGGCCACAAUAUCAGGCUCCAUAAUAGGUCUUGUUAUUGCAACAAUCAUCCGUCCACCAUAUCCAUUCUUCAAGUUUACUAUUAUACAUAUUGGAAUAGGAAAUAUUGGAAAUGUUCCACUUGUGCUGCUUGGAGCAUUAUGUCGUGAUAAAUCAAAUCCAUUUGGUGACUCUACUAAGUGCUCCCAAGAUGGAAAUGCAUACAUCUCAUUCGGCCAAUGGGUUGGUGCAAUUAUUCUCUACACCUACGUAUUCCAUAUGCUUGCACCUCCUCCUGAAGGCACCUUUGACGUUGAAGAUGGGGCCCAUCUUCCAAUAAAGGCUCCUAACAGAGUUACUUCUCAUGCUUCUGCGAAGAAUACUUCCAAUGAGCAACUUCCAUUGCUUGUGCCGGAGCCUGCAACUCCCGAGUUGACCAGUUCACAUAAAGAUAAGAUUAAGGAGAUCUUCAAGUUUCUGUACGAAAAGUUGAAGCUCCAGCAAAUUAUACAACCGCCCAUAAUUGCUUCAUUUUUAGCUAUAAUCCUGGGAUGUAUUCCAUUCUUCAAGAAACUGAUAUUCACUUCAGAUGGUCCAUUUUACUUCUUCACUGACAGCUGUUUGAUUCUCGGGGAGGCCAUGAUUCCAUGCAUAUUGUUGGCAUUAGGAGGCAAUCUUAUUGAAGGUCCAGGACGUUCAAAACUUGGUUUAAGGACAACUGCUGCAAUCGUAUUCGGGCGGUUGGUUUUAGUUCCUCCAACUGGACUUGGAAUUGUCAUGUUGGCAGAUAAACUAGGAUUCCUUCCAGCCGGUGACAAAAUGUUCAGAUUCGUCCUUCUCCUCCAACAUACCAUGCCAACAUCUAUCCUUUCUGGGGCUGUUGCGAAUUUGAGAGGGUGUGGGAGAGAGGCCGCUGCUGUCCUAUUUUGGGUUCAUAUCUUUGCUGUUUUCUCUAUGGCGGGAUGGAUUAUCCUCUACCUUAACAUAUUGUUUUAACUUUUAAUAAACUCUUAGUAAAACCAUCAACACUCAUACGUGGCCUAGUGAUAUCGGAGGUUAUACUAUAAAGAAAAGUACGUUUUCCCUUUAUUUGAGUGGAAGAGAGAUUUAGGGGAAAGAUAAUAAGAUCUCCGAUUCAGCUCUGUCAAGUGUCAAUAGAAUAAAAAAAAUUUACUCUGGCAAUACAACCAUAAUGUACCAAUGGGAGUUCGUAUAAUUUCUAUAAUUAUGUGGUCUGAUGGCA